UAUACAAACGAUCCUCCCUCAUUAAGAAUUACAGUCGCAGUCUCUUGCUGACAUAACCCUCUUGUUGUAUGUACUGAAUUAAAUAAUCGACAAUUAGCAAUAGUAAUUAACGAUCAGCUAAGAAAAUGACUAAUUCAAAUGCAGACCAAUCGCUUAUGGACAAGUCAAUGAGGAGUGUCUUCGUUGGAAAUAUUCCGUACGAAGCCACAGAAGAGAACCUGAAGGAUAUCUUCAGCGAAGUUGGGCCAGUGCUUUCAUUCAAAUUAGUAUACGACCGAGAAACUGGAAAACCCAAGGGCUAUGGUUUCUGCGAGUACAAGGACCAGGAGACCGCCCUGAGUGCAAUGAGAAACCUAAAUAGUUACGAAAUUGGUGGAAGAACCCUGAGAGUCGACAAUGCAUGCACAGAGAAGAGUCGUAUGGAGAUGCAGAGUCUUCUGCAGACUCAUAACACAGAGAAUACUUAUGGAGAGGCUGUGCAGUCUGACAAGGCACCAGAGGCCAUCUCCAAGGCAGUAGCUGCACUACCACCAGAGCAGAUGUUCGAGCUGAUGAAGCAGAUGAAAGUCUGCAUUCAGAAUAAUCCCAAUGAGGCGAGGCAGAUGCUCCUGCAGAAUCCACAGCUGUCUUAUGCCCUUCUGCAGGCUCAUGUUGUCAUGAGAAUUGUGGAUCCUCAAACUGCUGUCAGCAUGCUGCACAAGGCCAAUCCCAUUCCCGCAGUACUGACUCCAACGGAACAUCCACCCAUUCCAACGUUUCAACCGAGGAUUGAGGAGCCGUGGGCCACUGCCAGGACUGCUCCUGCUGUUAAUCCACCUCCACCUAUUUUUGCAGCUAAAGAUGUAGACUUGCGAACAUUGGAUAGACCCAUCGACCACAGAUUAGCAAGAAUGGACAUGGAUCUGAGAACUGGAACUCAGCCACCUAUCGCAGUGGUGCCUCCAGUAGUUCCAAUGAUCGACACUCGUCUCUCAGUCUUCAAUCCCCCAGACAACAAUUUCUGUCGAGACCCACGAGCAGAUCGAUUUGGGAGAGAUCCUCGUGACUCCAGAGACCCCAGAAUGACAGUGGACCCCAGGAUGAACAAACCCACUCCUCCAAUCCUCGUGGCAGCUCCUCAAGUCCCUCGUGCAGUGGUGACACCAGCCGUACCUCCAGUCAACAUCAACACAGUGAGCUCAACAACUUCAGCAGCUGGAUUUUCCGCAUCCAGUGUAGCUGCUUCCAGACUCAUGGCUGGCAUGUCACCCGCCGGAAGCAUUCCCAGUGGAGCCUCUGACCAGGAGAAGGCUGCGUUGAUCAUGCAAGUGCUCCAGCUGACGGACGACCAGAUCGCCAAGCUCCCCAUGGAGCAAAGACAGAGUAUUCUGGUGCUGAAGGAGCAGAUUGCCAACAGCACUCCAAGAUAAUUGCUUCGAUUAUUCAUUUUUAUAUGCAUGUAAAUAAAAAUGAUUAUUAGAUCGAACUGGGAAUUAAAUAAACACAAUUUGGUAUUUUCUGA